AUGUCAACACACCUGAAAGCAGAGCUAUUCUGUGACAGUGGGAAAGUGAUACGUACCUCAGAGAGUGUGGACUGGGAAGACAGAACUGUUCCUGGAACGUUGGUUAGAAAUGUGGUACAUUCAAGGAUUACCAGUCCUGUGCAUCUCUUUGUUAAACAGCCUCUGGGUUCAAAGCCAGCAUAUGCAGACAAUUUGGAAAACUUUGGGGAUUGGCUGGCAAACAGAACAGAGAUUCAAGAGCCACUAGCAAGAACUAAAAGACGGCCAAUAGUGAAGACAGGAAAAUUUAAGAAAAUGUUUGGGUGGGGUGACUUCCAUUCUAACAUUAAAACUGUCAAACUUAACCUGCUCAUCACAGGAAAAAUUGUCGAUCAUGGAAAUGGAACGUUUAGUGUUUAUUUCCGGCACAAUUCAACAGGCCUGGGCAAUGUUUCAGUGAGCUUGGUACCUCCCUCUAAAAUAGUAGAAUUUGAAGUGUCCACCCAGUCUUCCUUGGAGACUAAGGAAUCCAAAUCUUUUAACUGCCAUAUUGAGUAUGAAAAAACAGAUCGGGCAAAGAAGACUGCUUUGUGCAAUUUUGACCCAUCCAAAAUCUGUUACCAGGAGCAGACUCAAAGUCAUGUGUCCUGGUUAUGUUCCAAACCAUUUAAAGUCAUCUGCAUUCACAUUGCCUUUUACAGUGUUGAUUAUAAACUUGUACAAAAGGUUUGUCCUGACUACAAUUACCAUAGUGAGACACCAUACUUAACUUCUGGAUAAAUCUUUUCUCAGUAAUAGAAAUGAAAUAUUCAUGUCAAUUUACCUAGAAUGCCAAUAAAACAGGCCCAGCUUUCCCUGGCAAAAGACCCUUCUAUUUCUGG